CCUGUCGUCGCGGGAACGACGUCGUCAACAGACGCAAAGAGUGGGUUCGUGUCGUAAAGAUAGGCAAGAAAAUCAGCAGUGCAAUGACGGUAUGAUCCUUGCACUUCAAGAGGGAAGAUUACAUCCUCCCAGACGCCCCAAGCCAAAAGAGGAGGUUGAAGAAGGGCACUGUGCCCUCACAAAACCUGCCUCUACGAUCAACAGACGACAGAGAAAAGUUACGGAGAGCCGAGCAUCUGUGCAAAGAACGGACAGAGCGACAGGAGAACAGGUCGACCAUGCAGACCGCAUACCACGAAUGUGCACGUCAGAAUCUCGUCAGCGAGGCAUGUACACAGGACCAGACACAAGAUUCAGAAGUUGUAGACGACACAAGACCAGAGAUUAUCGAGCCAGACCCUGAAGUCGAACGACUCCUUUCAAGCUGUGUCAGUCAAACAUCACGUUACCAAAACAGUGACAAGUGUGUGCAAGUAACAAGCGGGGACUUCGGCUUUCAUUUCACAACAAUUGUCAAUUCAAAGAAUGUGAAAACAUUCACUGGAAUCCUUACAUUUCACCUGCUCUUAACGCUGGAAAAGUUGAUGGAAAAGAAGCUACCGUGCUCAUCAAAAGACUCCAUGAGCACACGUGAUAAGAUCGUAAUGACAAUGAUGAUACUGAAGCAUAUGGUGUCCUUCGAGUUCGUCUCACAUCUCUUUGGAAUUUGUCCGACAACAUGCAGCAACAUUUUCAGGACCACAGUCAAGGCUUUGUCUGCUAUCCUAAAUUGUGCAAUAAUGUGGCCCACAAAGGAGGAGGUGCUUCACAACCUUCCAGAAUGCUUCAGGAGGUUCUCCCAUGUUAGAGUUGUAGUAGACUGUACAGAAAUUCAGGUCGGUGUACCAAGGUGCUUGCAGUGCAGGCUCAACACCUAUUCGCACUACAAGAAGAUGAACACAUUCAAAUACAUGGUUGGUGUCUCACCAGGAGGACUACUCACGUACGUCAGUAAAGGCUAUGGAAGCCGUGCUUCGGACAAAACGAUAUUUGAACAGAGUGGGUUAGUAGACAUGCUUCUACCUGGCAUUGACCACGUAAUGGCUGAUAAAGGGUUUCUGAUAGAUGAUAUAUGUGAAAGCAGGUUGAUAACUGUAGGGAGGCCACCAUUCUUACGUGCAAAAAAAAACAGUUCAGCAAAGGAGAGGCACUAAGGACGAAGGAAAUAGCAACUGCAAGAGUGCAUGUGGAACGGGCGAUACAACGAGUAAAGCUUUUCAAGUUCAUGCCCAAGGUGCCCUGGCAUUUGACGCCAUUAGCUGAUGACGUUAUGAAGAUUGCUGUGGGUUUGACAAACCUAUCUGCCCCUAUUCUUGCUGAUCAAAGCUUUACGUAGGGGUGGGG